AAGCAUUCUUAAUAUAAGCCCAUAACACGUAAUAAAUGGCUGAACAAUCGUUUACUACUCUUACACGUACAAAGGAAAUGGACGAUAUUUCCACUUUUCAAAAUAAUGAUUUUAAUGUAAAUUCAAAUCCUCAAUUUAAUAACGGACUUUCUAACGCUAUUACUAAUCAUAAUAGUGUACACAAUUCACAACAUAUUGAACACCAACCGUUUACCACAACGCAACAAAUGUCAAGUUCUUUUUAUAACUCUCAUAUUUCUUCAACAAUAGCUCCAGAGAAGAAUGAUGUUGAUAGUAGUAAUGGUUCAAGUGGAGAAUAUGGAUUAGAGCUAUGGAAUAAAAGACGGGAACUGUGGAUUAGAGGAAACAAUAGCAAUCCAGAAUCUUCGUCCAACCGUGAUAACCCUGCAUUAGCUAAUAUUACACCAAAUAAUUAUCAUUCAAUAUACGAUUCGUUGAUUCAUGAAAAGAAAAAGUUGGCAAAGCCAGUUCCAUUGCCUUAUGUGAUAAAGAUAUUGGUAAGUGGAUGGCAAAGAGAUGGAGUUUGGCCUAAAGAUCAGCCGUCUGAUCUUCCGUCAAAUUCAAAUGAUCAAGCUUCCCCGCAUUAGAAUUAUUUGUCGUCGAAGGCGAAUGAAAUUUUGGAAAAAUAAAAGACUUUUUAGGGAAUUAAUAAUCAAAUUUUUUAUUAUAACCAUUUUUAUAACAGUUAAAUAUUAAUUUGACAUCUGAUUUUCAGAUCAAUUUUAUUAUUAUAUAAAUAAUUUCAGGUAAUGUAAAAAAUUUAAUUCUAAAAAUUAUUUAUUUAAUUUUAAAUAUUUUAUUCGUU